GUCAUUUUUCUUAUCAGUUGUUUAUUUUUUAUAACCCCUCAACAAAAGUGGCCGGCAUUUUAAUUUCUCUUCAAAUAAUUGUGCAAUUUUAUAAUUUAAUUGUUUUAGAAAAAUAGACGAAAAAAAUGUCAAAAAUUGUAUUUGCUGUUAUAACAGUAAGUGACACUUGUCAUCAAGACGCCACCAAAGAUCGCAGUGGCCCGCGUUUAGUUCAAUUGUUAACAGACAAUUUUGAUAAUUGUCGUGUUUUAAAGGAAAUUUUACCCGAUGAACAAGAUUUAAUUAAACAAAAACUAAAACAAUUAACUGCUUUGGAAGCUGAGGUUUCUUGUAUUAUAACUACUGGAGGUACGGGAUUUGCACCCCGAGAUGUUACUCCGGAGGCUACUAAGGCAGUCAUAGAUAAAGAAUGUCCUCAGCUUUCUAUGGCUUUGGCUAUACAUUCAUUGCAAAAGACUAAAUUUGCCGCCUUGUCACGUAGCGUGUGUGGCAUUACCGGCAAAACCUUAAUAUUAAAUUUUCCCGGCAGUGAGAAGGCGGUAGUGGAAUGUUUUGAUUAUGUUAAGGAUUUACUGCCACAUGCUUUGCAUUUACUUAACAAUGAAUUGGCGUUAGUGAAAAAAACACACGAUCAGAUACAAAACAAUGCACAGUCGUCAACUAUGUCGCCUGCAGCCUCAACAGCUGGCCACAUUUGUCCCCACAAAACUGGCAAAGGAGAUGACAACGAUCGUAAUUCUCCCUUCCCCAUGUUGCCUGUUAAUGAAACCUUGAAUAUUAUUUUACAAACUAUAAAACCUCAAGCCACUUUACCUCAACUGCUUAAGGAUUUUAAAUCACCGGUGGAUAUACCACCCUUUAGAGCAUCCAUAAAAGAUGGUUAUGCCAUGAAAUCUUCGGGUUUCUCGGGAUCUAAAAAAGUAUUGGGUUAUAUAGCUGCAGGUGACUCUGUUAUAGAAACUGAUUUCCAAGAAGAUGAAUGCUAUAAAAUUAAUACCGGAGCUCCGGUACCCCUGAAAGCUGACUGUGUUAUACAAGUGGAAGAUACGAAAUUGUUAAAAACCAAGAAAAAUGGUUUGGAAGAUUUGGUUGAGAUAUUAGUAGAGCCCAAAAAGGAUUUAGAUAUCAGAUCCAUAGGCUGUGAUUUGGCCAAAGGUUCUACCCUAUUCCCCAGUGUUGAUCUUUCACCGGUGGUGGUUAAGUCUCUUAUGGCUUCUGUGGGUCAUGCGGUGCCUUUGCAUAAACCUUUAGUGGCUGUUAUUUCAACAGGCAGUGAAUUAUUAGAUCCUCAAGAUUAUCCUAUAGAAGGAAAAAUCUAUGAUUCCAACACCACCAUGUUGAAGCAGCUUUUGCAAUAUUUUGGUUUUGAUUGUGUCGUCACUAAAGUGUUAACAGACGAUUUCGAAGAAGUCUACGAAACUUUAACUUCUAUAUAUGAUGAAGUGGAUUUUGUUAUCUGCAGCGGUGGUGUAUCUAUGGGUGAUAAAGAUUACAUUAAGCCUGUAUUGCAAAAAUUAGGUUUUAAUCUACAAGUUGGAAGAGUUAACAUGAAACCUGGUAAACCCAUGACUUUUGCCUCUAAAGAUGAGAAAUAUUUCUUUGGUCUACCCGGUAAUCCUGUUUCGGCCUUUGUUUGUUUUCAUAUGUUUUCAUUGCCCGCCAUACGUUGGGCCAGUGGUUGGACAUAUGAAAAGUGUAUGUUGCCAGUUGUACAAGUAACGUUACAAAAUCCUAAUGUUGUAUUGGAUCCUAGACCGGAAUAUAUGCGUGCCACUAUAACUAGUAAAAAUGGUCAACUUUAUGCUUCAAUAACAGGCAAUCAGAUGAGCAGUCGUUUGCAAAGUAUUGUAGGAGCCGAUGUACUUGUACAUUUACCAGCACGCACCGCCACUAAAACAGAGGCCCAUGCGGGUGAUAUACUGCCAGCCAGUGUAUUGCGUUAUGAUUUCAUAACAAAAUACGAAUGAAAGUUUGUUAAGUUUUAAAUUGGCUUGCAGCUAAUAGUUUUUAUUUUUGUUGGUUAUGGGUUUACAAAUAGUUCGAAUAACUUGAUAUUAAAUGUUCAAAACUUUACCUUAGUUUUUUUUUUUUUUUUUAAUAAAAACACAAUUUUUUAAAAAAAUAUAAUUGAAGUUGUAAAAUUAU